CCCACCAGCCAUCUCCAUGGACCUUGUCUAUGCCCCCCUUCCAGCUUUGGAAAGACACGGAGAGAGGUCUGCAUUGAUUUACACUUGGGGGGGUCCUUCCCCUCCUAAACUGUCCAAGGUAAGGAGCUUGGAUUGACUGGAGAAGAAUAGAAGGAGCCCAGAACAAUACACCCCCAAGAUGUUCCAGCUGUGACUUUUUCCCAGCCUCUUGAUGGGACCACUUGAAAGACCAUCCACCAGCUGGGUGCAGCAGGAAGCUGAAAUGUCCUUCGGUCCACAGCUGGAUGAGAGGAGUGGAGGGUGGAGGCCUGGGAAUGAGAGCGCUGCCCCUCCACCUCUGCCACCUCUUCCCCUCUCCCCAGCUCUGUCCUUCCUCUUCUUCCUGCCUCUGGCCAGUGCCCUCCAGACCAGUCUACUGUCCUUUCCAGAGUUGAGGCUGGUGGGGGGCCCGAGCCGCUGUCGGGGGCGCCUGGAGGUCCUGCAUGGAGGUUCUUGGGGCAGCGUCUGCGACGACGAUUGGGAUGUGGUGGAUGCCAAUGUGGUGUGCCGUCAGCUGGGCUGUGGUCUGGCACUGCCCGUGCCUCGCCCCCUCGCCUUCGGCCAGGGCUGGGGCCCCAUCCUUCUGGACAACGUGGAGUGCCGCGGGCAGGAAGCUGCGCUGAGCGAGUGUGGCAGCCGAGGCUGGGGCAUCCACAAUUGUUUCCACUAUGAAGACGUGGCCGUCCUGUGCGAUGAAUUCUUGUCCACCCAGCCGCCAAUGAGGAAGGCAUUAACCAGUAGCACGCCCACUACAGCUCCUCAGAACGGGAAAGGGGAGGGCAGCGUGCGCCUGGUGGGGGGCGCCGGCCCAUGCCAGGGAAGAGUGGAGAUCCUGCACGGCGGCCUGUGGGGCACCGUGUGUGAUGACGACUGGGGACUGCCGGAUGCCGCCGUGGUCUGCCGCCAGCUGGGCUGCGGGGCGGCCUUGGCUGCCACCACCAACGCCUUCUUCGGCUACGGCACGGGGCACAUCCUGCUGGACAACGUGCACUGCGAGGGUGGUGAGCCCCGCCUGGCUGCCUGCCUGAGCCUGGGCUGGGGCGUGCACAACUGUGGCCACCACGAGGAUCUUCAGACUACCCGUGUUGGUGCCCAGCCUUCAGGGGAAACGGUACUGCUGACCACAGCCGCCUGGGCCUCGGGGAAAAAAAGCGGGCGGCUGCGGCUGGUGGGCGGCCCAGGCCCGUGCCGCGGCCGCGUGGAGGUGCUGUACGCCGGGGCCUGGGGCACCGUGUGCGACGAUGACUGGGACUUCUCGGAUGCGCGUGUGGCCUGCCGCGAGGCGGGCUGCGGGCCCGCGCUGGGCGCCACCGGCCUCGGUCACUUCGGCUAUGGCCGUGGCCCAGUGCUGCUGGACAACGUGGGCUGCACGGGCACCGAGGCCCGCCUGAGCGACUGCUUCCACCUGGGCUGGGGCCAGCACAACUGCGGUCACCACGAGGACGCGGGGGCGCUCUGCGCAGGCCCAGAGGACCUGGGACUGCAAGCCCCACAGGAUGGCUCUGAGACCACCCGGGUGCCCACUCCUCGGCCUAGGGACGGCGGCAACCUGCGGCGAAACGAACUACAACUCCCAGGGGCCCACACGCCAGAGAACAGCGAGCGAAGUGUGUGGGGAGGGGACAUGAAGAAAACGCCUCCAAACCGCGCCUACUGGGGUGCGGAAGCUGAAGCCCGGGCAGGGCGGGCCGGGCGAGCCCUGGGCGGGCCGGGGCGGGGCGCUGACGUCACGCGGAGUGGGCGGGACCGCAGGGGGUUGUCCGCCCGCGGCACGCACAGCCGCCGCAGCCGCCUCGCGCCCGGUCCCGCGGUCGCAGCUCCCGCCACCUCCUCUGCGCCGCCGCCGCCUCAGCAGCUCGCUUCGUGA